CAGGUCUCGCUCGCUUGCAGUUGCUUCGUGCGGACGGAGCGGCGUAAUUCAUGUACCGUAAUUCCCCAUCUCCUUUGCGCGCGCCGGUGGAAAAAGUUCCCCAGACCUCCGGCUCCUGGACGGCGGGACGUGGAGCUGGGAAAGCGCGCUCUGAGCAUCACUGGGCAGGUUUGGCGGCAGAGGUGGAAAGGCAGAUGAACCAAUGUCCCAAACAUUGAGCAUGAGGUAGCAUCCAGAGGUGCGAGCCGAUCUCACAAAAUGCAAAGCACGUGAACAACUCCGCUGGGUUAAAGCCAACAUUAAGUACACACACGUAAAUGGAAGAUCUGGAGACACGCAAGGCCCGUCGGAUAGAGCAGAUGGUAGCCAAAUGGCUGCGGCGGUCACGGGAUCAUGCAGCCAGGGGGAGAGCAUCAGUGGGUGACAGAGCAUUGGACAGCAUUAAUCAGCCUCCAACUCGUGUGAAGCUCACAGUGGAGGUCCAAAAAGAUGUGCUGCUUGGACAUUAUGGCUUUGAAGUUUCCCGGAAUCUUCCCCUUCUUAUCACCUCGGUUGCUGCAGGCAGCACCGCUGACGGGAAGCUUCUGCCAGGGGAUCACAUCAUUGCCAUAAACAACGAAGCAGCUGAAGGGGACAUUACCGGGGAACAAGCAGCUGCUCUUUUAAGGGAAUCAGAAGUCUCUCUCCAGUUUACAAUUCUCCGAUGCACCUCGGGUGGCCCUAAAUCCUCCUUUCUUACAGCCGAGAAAAGAGCCAGGCUAAAGACAAAUCCCGUCAAAGUCCGCUUUGCAGAAGAAGUGGUCGUGAACGGACAUACUCAGGGAAGUUCUCUGCUGUGUAUGCCCAAUGUUCUCAAGGUGUAUUUGGAAAACGGACAGACGAAAGCUUUCAAGUUUGACUCAAGCACUACUGUCAAGGACAUUAUUCUCACUUUGAAAGAGAAGCUCUCCAUCCGGAGCAUUGGUUAUUUUGCCUUGGUCUUGGAAGAGCACUACAAUGUGUUGAAGAUGUAUCUUCUGCAUGAGGAUGAACUCAUCGGACAGGUAGUUCAGAGGAAAGAGUCUCAUGAUUACCGGUGCCUCUUCAGAAUCUGCUUUAUACCCAGGGAUCCACUGGAUCUGUUGCAGCAAGAUCCAGUUGCCUUUGAGUACCUCUAUUUGCAGAGUUGCAGUGAUGUGCUUCAGGAGAGAUUUGCUGUCGAGAUGAAGUGCAGCGUUGCUUUACGGCUGGCUGCACUGCACAUCCAAGAGCGGAUUAUCGCCUGUGCUCAGCCGCAGAAAGUCUCUCUGAAAUAUAUAGAAAAGGACUGGGGAAUCGAAAACUUUAUUUCCCCAACUCUGCUCCGAAACAUGAAAGGCAAAGACAUCAAAAAGGCCAUCAGCUUUCACAUGAAGAGGAAUCAACUCUUGCUGGAUCCGAGACAAAAGCACCUCCUCUCAGCAGCACAUGUGCGUCUGUGUUACCUGCAGAUUCUGGGGGAUCUGAAACUCUAUGGAGGAAAGGUCUUCAAUGCCACUCUAAUGGUAAAUGACAGAGAAUCAUGUGUGGCCCUCCUGGUGGGAGCCAAAUAUGGAAUCAGCCAAGUGGUUAAUAACAAACUGAACAUUGUCACAAUGCUGGCAGAAUUUGCAAACAUUAGCAGGCUGGAGCUGACCGAAGAAUCUGACAAAGUAAGCAUGGUGAUCUACCUCCAAGAUAUCAAGCUGCUGACUCUGCUGCUGGAAACUAACAAUGCCAAAGACCUGGCUUGCCUCAUCUGCGGCUACUACAGGCUGUUUGUUGAUUCGAGCAGUUCCAUAUUUGUCUGGGGGGAGAAAAGGCCUCCGGUACACCGUAUCUCAGCCGAGGAAGGGUAUGAGUCGAGGACUUGCAGUGAUUCCGAAGAGUCAUCUGAGCCGGACUCCUCCUUGGACCGUUUUUCAGACACACAGUCGCCCCGGCACAGCCGCAUCAGCCCCCUGCUUGAGGAUGAAGGAGAGCAGGAGGCUCUGCAGCAAGAAAGGAAGGAUCUGGAGGGCAAAGAGGUGAGCUUUUGCAACGGGUACGACAACACAAACGACAGCUUGUCGGAAGCCUCUGACUCAGCCAACACAGAGAGUCGGGGGCUGAAGACCAGCGGUUCGAGCGACUCUCUGGACACUCUCGAGGAGGACGAUUUGGAAACGUGCUCCUCGAGCAAGCCAGAGUUUUUCCACCUGUAUGUCCCCACCCUUCAGGAACUGAUGGGCAAUGGCAAGACCUUCGUGGGUGCAGACAAAGAAGGAGGAAACCGAGCGACACAGGAGUCUUUCUUCUCCUUCCUCGUGCCGCCCCAGCCGGACGGAGAAUUUCAAAGGGAAAGUGACCUGUCCGUUUCCGCUCUGGAGUCCAAGCUGUCGGAGAGCAACAUCAUGGAGUACUACAGCCUUUGUGCCAACAUUUCCCCAGCCAGCAACGGAGAGAAGACCACCCAGAGCGACAGCCCAGAGAGUGGCUCUUUGAACGGCCCCGAGGGAGACGAGCGGCUCAGCGGAGGUGGCAUGCGGGGCUUCAUCUUGGCUCCUCCCCCUGGCUUCGGAGACGCCAGCUCAGACGAGGAAUUCUACGACGCAGCAGAAAGGGUGACACAGGCAGAGGCGCAAGCAGGUUCUGCAGGCCCAGCCCGUCCAAAUGUACAAGACUGCAGCACCCUGAAAGUGUCGUCCAGUUGCGGCUUGGGUGAAAAUGUUCUGUCAAGGCAAAGCAGGAGGACAAAACACAGGCCAGAAAAGGAGCCAAGGAGUGGCAACAACAGCCUGAGAAAGAGGAGGUCUUUCCUGCAGACAAAUUACACCUCCCAAGUUACUUUCCCUCAAGCUCCAACACAGUCCCUGGAAAACAUUGAUCCGUUGUCCUAUGAAGGAGAAGCUGGGUCUUCAGCUCUUCCCUCCUCACCUGUUGUGGCCUCCUUGAGGGACCCUGAGAGAGAUUCUGCACUUCUUGAGGUCAAACAGAUAGCUCAGAUAGCCCAAAAGACACCUGUCUUAACAGAGAUGGAGCCCGAUUCACUAGAAACCAAGUCAUUAACCGAUUCAGUUGUGUGUCCUGUCUUGGCCAUUCGUGUCCAAGAUGCUCAGGAAGGGAUAGAGAGUUCAGACUUUGCCCGUAGCUCUUUCUCCACAGUGAAGCAAGACGGUAGUUUAGCUGUGUCAGAAAUCUCCUUUCACGACCUUGACACCACUUACAAAGAAAAACCAGAAGGUCUUACAGAAACAGCUAGCAGAGUUCAGGACUGUUGUGUCUCUGGAGGAAAGAAAAUAUCUGGCAAUGCAGCGGGGACAGCAAAAGCCUCACAUGAAGCAGGAGGAGUCAGCUAUGUAUUGAUUGAGGAGAUAAUACACACCACUACCAAACCCUCCGGGUCUCUGAACAGCUACCAAGGGAAAGUGUCGCCUCGUGUGCCAAUCUCGGAACAGGAUCUCCUUUCUACUCAGAAGGUGGAGAAAUACGAGCAGCUUGUGCUAGGUACCUGCAAAAGAAUCCAAGGUGACCUGGCCUCACGUGGCUCAAGUCAGGCACCCGGAGGCUUACUGCUCCAAGAAGACACCAGCAAAACGUUGAGUGAAGGCUCUGUGGCAACAUCUGAAGAUGCCAAACGGCUGGGUUUCUCAAGAGCAAAUGAGCUCCUUUCCAAGUGUGAUGGUGCUUCAGGCAUCAAGACACACCACUCUCAGCUUGGUAUUAGUUCAGUGGGAGGUCAAAGAGGAACACAGCAGAAGGUAAAUGACAAGCACCAGAGAAUUGUUGGCCAAAGUGAUCUGGUUGCAGACCAGGUCUCUUUAAACGAUGAUGUCCCAAUUCAAUGGUUGUCGUCAACCAUGACUCCUCCUCUGGAUAGGUCUUCAGAACUUGCUGGUGACCAGAAGCCAGAGGAGAGAGCGCUCACAAAUGAUGCCUCCCAUGUGGAUUGUAAAAAUAUACGGCCCAGUCCACUAGUUGUCCUUACAGAGGAGAGUGUGGAGCAGAGAAAAGCUGGCAUUUCAGAUGGAGUGGGUGGCUUUUCACAUGACAAUCUGUGUAAGUCUACGGGGCUCAGUAAGGAAAGCAGUAUUUCAGAGUCGUCUUUUUUGUGUUCUGGUAACUUAACAGAUGACGCUAAAGCACCAGUGAGCUCUAAGACAACAGAUUCUCCAGCUGAGGUGAACACCACAGAGUCAUUCUCGCCAAAACAUAAAACAGACGGAUGCAGUUGCCGGUUGACUUAUGCAAGUUGUUUCCAUGGGCUAGAUGAGGCAGAAUUAGAAUUUGCCAAUCCAGUUGCAUGUGGUCCUUCUGAGGAGCCAUUAACAACCCCACCAACAACAAGAAGUUCGCCAUCUUUAGAUUUUAACUCCAUGAGACUUGUUGUAGAACAUAACUAUGUGAAUUGUAACCCCAAAGACUGUAGAAAUCACGUCUUGCUUCCAGACUCUCAUAUUCAAGUGUUGAGCUGUUUAAAGGAUAGAACGUGUGCCUCACCUUUUGACUUCCACCAGUUGCUAGAUAAUAUUAUAGACCUACAGGAAAUUUUGCGGCAGUUUGGGGGAAGCAGAAUAAAGCACCCUCGGGAUAAAUGUUUGGCCCAUUUUUCAGAAAACAAGAACACCUUGCACACAGAAUCACAAAGGCUGAUGUCCAGUUGCCAGAAAGUUAUCAAAGCACGUGGGCCUUCCUCGGAGACGCAAAACGCCAUUCGGGAGACCUUCCAGAACCUUCUCCAGCUGACCGAAGUGUGCUUUCAGUUCACAAACUGUGGCCUUUGCAGCAAGAGGCACAAAGACCUCGCGGUCAACCUCAGAGAUGUCGCGUACAGCUAUCGCCAGUUUGUCCAAGCAGCACAGCAAGCCUGGGAGAGGGGCUAUCCCAAUUUGAGCAUAAGACUCCUUGUGUGCCAGUACACUGCCCUCAGUGCAGCCCUCUUCUGCCUCGUGCAACAAUUCAGGGCCUCGUCUUGUGUAUGAGAUGGGAGGAUUUUGCACAGGUGCCUGUCCGACUUUCAACGGGGAACGACCUAGCCAAGUGUCUGCCCUUAAAAGCCCUCCUCCCAGUAAAGACAAGCUGAUACGUAACAGCUGGACUGAAGCAAGCAAUUGAACAGUCCUCCUCUCUAAUGGAUAUCAAUGCUCAUGGCUUAAAUGAGUCGAACUUGGCAGGAUUGCUCAACCUUCAUGCAGAAUAGUAUUUUGGUGCAUGUCCAACUUGCUCCCCCCGCCCUGUGUGCCAUAGGUAAAGAACACAAGAUAUUUGUCUCUUUUGCGUGACUCAGGGUGUUAACAGCUGCAGUUAUAUGCAUGCAGUCUCCCCAUAAUACCUGAGAGAGAGUGCUGUCUGUCGGCCGGACUGAAGUACUGAGAACAUUCUAAAGUUAUAGUUUGGGUGUGCCAACCUGCCUGAGGGAAGCGCAUCAGACGAUUCCAUGCGCGUGGGUGAAAAUCAGGGCUUCUCAUGCUUAAGCAAUGCAGACUGGGAUGGAUUUUCAAACAAAACAACACGCAGGGCAGAUAAUUAUCUAAUCCAAGUGGCUCCAGUGUAGGGGACAGAGUGCCUCAUUGUACCUAUUGGACUCCAACGCCCAGGGGUGCCAUCUUGGGCAGCUGGGGGUCGUCCCCCCCCCAAAAAAAUUCAAUAUUCCAUGGUCUGUGGAAUGCCCCGUUGGGCCUUCCCACAGCUGUGGCAGUGUUGGAAGAUGCUGUGCAGUUUAGUGCAACCUCGCGCCAAGUGCACUGGUCCCCGGGGCAUCUCCCGAUGCUGUGUGGCCCAGCAGGAGGCUGAAGCAGUGUGUGCAGUGUUGGGAGAUGCUGUGGGGACCGGUGUGCAGGCAUGAGGUCGUACUGAACUGCGCAGGAGCUCCCGACACUGCAAAGGUCAGUGCAGCCUUCCGCUAGACCAACAUGGCCUAGCAGAAGGCUGCACCAGCCUCGCGAGACGCACAUGACAUCACACAUGCACGCCAGGCCCUCAGUCUUUGAGGCAACCCAGCACCUGUGCCAAUGCCCAUCAACCCCAGCCAGCAUGGUCAGUGGGCAGGGAUGAUGGGAGUUGUAGUCCAGGUCAGCCACCCUUGACUUAAUGGCUCCCCAGCAGUGGCCUGUCAGUGGACAUAGCUGACGGGAAGUGAUCCAGAAAGUUGACAAUACACACUUCCUGCCUCCCAGGAAGUGUUGUGAGAUGCUUUCCUAUGCUUAUAGCCAUUUGCUUCAGUGCCACAGUGGGGAGCUGAGGAAGUGUCAUGGUGGACAUGCCUCCUCAUUGGAUUUCAGUACAGAAUUUCCUUGGAAAAUGGAUUCCAUUAGCAGCCAGUAAGCGACGUAAAGGUAGUGUACCGGAUAGCUGUUACCUGAGAAGCAGAAUCCGCCCCCUGCUUGUUUCCUUUCCACAAACUCUUAGCAGCACUUCUAGAGGGACGGCCCCCUGUUGGCUUUUCAUCCGUCAGACCUCCUGCGUAUAUACUCUUGUCUACUUCAUGCAUCUCGUAUGGACUGAGCUGUUGUCUUCUCAAAGUUCCUGCCACAAUAAACCAGUCAGUUUUGUCAUA